GUAUCAUUCUUCGAAGAUUAUCAGAGAAGAUUUAGCAAAAUGUUUAAAUUAUUAUCUUUAUUGGUUUUGGCGACAGUCGUUAUUGAUACCUACGGUCAACGCUUUAUUCACCCAACGUACAGACCACCACCAACAAGAGGACCAAUCAUUCGCACGGCUCGAGACACGGGGGAUCAAGAACCAUUAUGGUUGUAUCAAGGUGAUGUGCCCCGAGCACCAGCGACUGGUGAUCAUCCUGUAUUACCGACUUAUAUAGACGAUGUUAAGCUGGAUCCUAACAGGAGAUAUGCUCGCAGCGUAGACUCACCGAGUGCUAGAAGAUCGGGUGGAGGUCACAGAACAUCAAGCAGCAGCCGGAACACUGGUCCAACUCAUCCAGGAUAUAAUCGUCGAAACGCAAGGAGCAUCAGCAGAAACAAUUUUAUGCCACGCCCAUCUAUGCCCCGACCGACUGGUCCAUACAACCCAUUCCCGCUCCCGGGAGGACCACGACAGACUUAUCCUAUCUACGCUCGUGCAAGACGUGAUGUGAGUUUUCCUGGACUGAAGCAACCGACUCAUCAUGAUGUUGUAAUUCCAAACUGGAAUCCAAACGUAAAAACUCAGCCGUGGCAAGUUUUAAAGAUUAAAGCUAAGAAUACGAGAAGCCCUAGAAGUGUAGAGGAAGUAGGAAGUCAAGUUUUUCGCAGCCUUAGAAGCGUUGAAAAAAUUCAAGAAAGUGAGCUUCGCGUUGGUAGGAGCGCUGAGGAAAUGUCUAGUCAUCAAGUUGAAGCACUUUCUAGUCAGGAAAAAGUAUAUCGAAGCCCUAGAAGUGUAGAGGAAGUAGCAAGUCGAGAAACAGUUUUUCGCAGCCCUAGAAGUGUUGAAAAAAUUCAAGAAAGUGAGCUUCGCGUAGGUAGGAGCGCUGAGGAAAUGUCUAGUCAUCAAGUUGAAGUCUAGUCAGGAAAAAGUAUAUCGAAGUCCUAGAAGUGUAGAGGAAGUAGCUAGUCAAGAAACUAUUUUACGCAGCCCUAGAAGUUUCGAGACUCUAUCUAGUGAGGAAACUGUUAUUCGAAGUGCUAGAACCGUUGAAGAACCUCAAAGGAGUAUGUUUCGCUUUGGCUAGGACAAUCAGGGAAAGAUUUAGUCAAUAAUUGGCUUAGCUAAUGGUGACUCAAACUUCAGUGUUGGUGAAAGUUACCAUUUGGUACAUAAAUCAUAAUUGUAAUGCAAAAAAUAUAUUAUUUAUACGAUGCUUUCUCUUCGA